AUGUUCAAACAUGUGGAUGACAAGCCCGGAAGGAAACUUCCGUGCCAAUGUAUCAGGCCCAGUGACGAAGCGAAACAACAGCUGGAAGAGCUGAUGUAUGAGUACGUCUGUGCGAGAUUCGACAGCGUCAACAAAUCUGAGAAAGGGGAGUGCAUCCAGUUGAUUCGGAUGGCUUUAGUCUUCGAGCAAGCUCGCACCCUAAAAGAACAUAAACUCAGCCGUGGAAAGCUCUCCUUCGUGGUUGAAGAGUUGAUGCCAACAGUUCUGGAGGCUUCGCAGGACGUGGACUUCACAGCGGAGCUGCAACGCUUCGUCGAGGCACAUCCACGGGUCGACUUGGGUCGCACCAGCGCCGCGAAAGUGGCCGUGGAGAGCAUCCACAACAUCUCAGAGGUUUUGAAGAGCGACUUUUGGCAAUUGUUGACCUUGGCAGAGUGUGGAGGAAUUGACGUGGCACAGCUGAAAGAAUUGGUCAACCAUGAGCUUGAGGCACGCUUGAAGUGGGUGGUCAGUCGGAUCUCUCGCGAGGGGGAGGGGGAGGGGGAGGGUGAGACGGCGGGUCUCGGGACAGAGGGGACGACCGAUUCACCCAGCCGGUCGGACGCGGUGCGCUACGGCAUCUUCAUCCUCAGUGGCCUGAUCGCGCAGAUCAUCGCCGCGCAGCCGAAGAAGGUGCCCAAGAAGGACGAUGAGGAGGACUAUGAGGGCCAUGAUUUUGAAGGGUUUGAAGAAGAUGAAGAUGCCGGUGCGGAGUCCGCCGUAGCUGAAGUACUGUGCUCGGUGGGUGCUACUUUGCAGUCGAGCGAGACGCUGGACGUCAUUGUUGGGGCAUAUUGUCAGGAGCUUCAGCUUCCCAAAGAUUGGAAUCUGCUUGGUGUCUUGCGUCAAGGGCUCGAUGGCUGUGCAGUGAAUGGCAUUUUCUUUUCCGGUGGUGAUCUGGUGAUGAAGAAGUAUGUGCCUGUGCGGAGUGCCACCUUCGAGUGGAUCCGGGGCUUGUUUGAGAACACCUUUUUGCAUCGCUACACUCGAGAUCGCAGGGGAGGGAAGGUGCCAGAUGCUUUGACCGUGGAAGAGGUCGAUCAGGUCUUCAAUUGUGGAUCUUGGUUGGAAUAUGAAAUAAGACGGCAGAAAGUCUACCAAGAGCUACAAGAAAAGGGCCCUGCCUGGACGGGCGAAUUCCGAACGGAUGUGUGCACGAAAGGUGAGAGGGCCGAGUGGUUCCAGAGCGAUCAGUACCCGGGGGGCAUCAAUGAGCACUGGCUGUAUCAUGGCACGUCAGGAGCAGGUGAAAGCGGCAUCACAGAAGGAGAUUUCCGGCUGAAUUUAGCUGGAAGCAAUGCUGGUACCCUGUACGGCAAUGGAGCAUAUCUCGCUGAGGCUGUAUCGAAGAGUGACGAAUACACCACUCCCCAUGGUGCCAAGAAUCUUCGUACCAUCCUGCUGUGCUUGUCGUGUCUGGGCCGUGUGAACUACAACGAUGAAAAGCGACCGGACGGUGAUGAACUCGCCAACUCCUGCAAGGGGGGUGGAUUUCAAUCCAUCCUCGGUGAUCGGGAGAAGAUCCGUGGAACCUAUCGAGAGAUCAUUGUCUUUGACGACAACUUGAUCUAUCCAGGGUAUAUUUGUCGAUACAAACGUGUAGAAAAAGAGAAAGAAGAGUCAUGA